AUGAUUGCCGAUGCCAUUCAGCUUCUUGUGCGCCGACUCCAGGGCUCUGGUCCAGAGCCUUCAGAAGAUUCUGUCAAUGGCGAUUUGAUUGCUGCUGCCGGUGCUUUCGAAGUCGUCUCCAAGGGGAUGCAUCAACCAAAGAAGUCUGCUUCCUGUAUGCAUCGCCACAUUUUGACACCCGAGAAUGUGAAUGCUAUUGAAGCCAGAAAUUUACCCAGCUCUGAUGCCGAUGCUCCAAUAGCUCGAAACAAUCAUGCCGUCCACUACUACAAUCCCAAUGCCAAAGAUAGCGAGUCAUUGCACCCAGUGGAUUCAUACGUGAUUCUGCAGGCUAGAAAUGUUCUGUCCUUUUUGGAAGUACCAGAAGGGCAAACUCCAGCGGAGUGCUUGCGAUGUCUCAUUCCAACUAUCAAUGACCUUUUUCGAGAAGAAGCUACCGACAAUGAUUUGUACAAACGGUGGGAGUAUCUCUACAUGACCUUUCGAGUCGAUGACAGCCCAGCAAGUCUUGCAUUUCUUGAACUUUUGAAAACCACCCGAGAUUCAACUCUUACAAACUCAGGCAAUCGACAAGAACGCCGUGGCCAAGUGACCGCCAAUAAGGAGGAAAACAAUGAUGAGUUCGACAUUGCACUGCCAAAGAUCUUCAAUACACAUGGAUGGCACUUUUGGGUCCGCAAGGAAAAGACGUUGGACCCACAGAGUUUCGGGAGCUUUCCCAACAAUACCAAUGGAGUUCCUGUGAUCACCCGCAUUGCCUACUAUGGAGGCAUCAAAACUCGACUCCAGAACUUGCAAAAAGUUGGAGGGCCAAGUCGCAAAGGCAAUACUGAAGCUUUGAAAUCUUCUGGAUUAGAGAUUCUUCGAGCCCAAGUGGGCCCCAGUGAAGUCAUUGGCAUUGGAAAAGUCAACGGUGUAAAGCCAAAGGGGCAUUUCAUUCUGGCCUACUUUACUCGCUACACUCCCAAGUCCAAGCCAAACUAA